AACAAGAUUCGAUAGUAAAAUCUCUGUGUAAAAAACAAAUAAUUUAACUGCGUAGUUCAGCUGAAACAAAGUGUGUAUAAACAACAAAUAGUCGUAAAUAACAAUCCUGAAGCAACGAGCACAUUUAAAAGCUAAUUGAAAAAGAUAUACAUAAAAAAAACUGCAAUGGCCAGUCGGAAGAAAUCUCUGCUUAAAGUUAUCAUACUGGGCGACAGCAGCGUUGGCAAAACGUCACUGAUGAAUCAAUAUGUAAACAAACGAUUCUCGAAUCAAUAUAAGGCUACAAUUGGGGCGGACUUUUGCACGAAAGAAGUUGUUGUGAACGAUCGUGUGGUCACAAUGCAGAUUUGGGAUACUGCUGGACAGGAGCGCUUCCAGUCACUUGGCGUGGCCUUUUAUCGCGGAGCCGAUUGUUGUGUACUCGUCUAUGAUGUGACGGCGCCAAAUUCAUUUAAGAAUCUAGAUUCAUGGCGCGAUGAGUUCUUAAUACAGGCCAGCCCACGGGAUCCAGAGCAUUUCCCCUUUGUUGUGUUGGGCAAUAAGGUGGACUUGGAUAACCGCCAAGUUUCCACGCGUCGAGCCCAACAGUGGUGCCAAUCGAAAAACGACAUACCCUACUAUGAGACUUCGGCCAAGGAGGGCAUCAAUGUAGAGAUGGCGUUUCAGACUAUAGCCAAAAAUGCGCUGGAACAGGAGACGGAGGCUGAACUCAUUAACGACUUUCCCGAUCAAAUACGCUUGAACUCUGAAAACAAUCGUCCAAGCAACGCUGACAAUUGUCAAUGCUAAUGUAAUAGGCCCUAAUUACAUUCAGAUGCUGCAGCAAGAGAAAACAACGCAAAAGUGGAUAAUUACACAAUCUAUAUUAAUAAUAAUAUAAAUAAAAUUACAGCAUAGUAUGAGUUAUAUAGAACGCGAAAAUAAUGAACGACCGUAAAAAAGUUAUAAGAUUAAGUAAAACAAUUUCAGCAAAGAGCAUAGUUUUUAAAUAUAGAAUGCUAAAUUCACAUAAACUUCAGUAAAUUUCGAUAAAUAACGUAAAUUUUUCCCGUUAUUGCUA